AUGAAGCCUGAUGAUGAGAAUUUUGCUGCUAUUUGGUGGUCGCCAUUCCUCAAGUACGGUGGAAUUGCUUUAUUCCAAAUUGCGGUCUUGUGCUUGGGAUCACAGAUCCACAGAGAUAUUCACCUGUGUUCAUUCACUAACGGAACUCUUGCUCCAAUAGCUAGUCCCGAGUUGCAGCAAUGCUUCCGUGCUCACUCACAAGCCAUGGUCAACUUCGCCGUCAUCAUGGUCCUGGCCGAGUGGUACGCAUCCAUCGUUGUCGUGACCCUCGAUGGACCUUUCAUUAUCAUCAUCUAUAUCUUCAUUGCCCAACUUUUCGUCACGCUUCUUUAUUUCCUUCUUCCCUUUGAGUACUACGAUAUGGCCGUCGAGGAAGAAGAGCGGUUACAAAACCAGGACGAAGAGAAGAUGUCCAUGAUGGAUGAAGACGAAGACCUUGACAGGAUUUUGUCUCUCACUGCUGUGCCCGCCAGCGUUGUCUCAACCCCUCGAAACGAUAAGUCUGCAGUUGUUGGCUAUGGGACUAUGGCAAACUUUCGGCAGAUGCCCGGUCCCGGAAAUUCUAGCCCCGUCUAG